AUGGCGGCUUUCCCAGACCCGCUUACCUUCGAGAAGGAACCAAGGACAGACCUUCACACAACGAGCUCGUCAUUACAACGCUCAUCGCAAGAAGAUGUCACGACAUCUAUCGACCCAGCAAUGGAUCGCAGGGUGGUGAGGAAGUGUGACCUAUUCGUUCUGCCACCUGUGUUCGUCAUCUUCAUGGUGACCUUCUGGGACCGAGUGAAUAUCGGCAAUGCGAAGAUUCAGGGCAUGCCUAAGGAGCUGCACCUCAAGGGCCAGCAGUUCAACAUCGCGACUAUGAUUCUCUUCGUUCCAUUCAUCUUGUUCGAGAUACCCGAAAACAUUCUUUUGAAGAAGACGAAGCCUUACAUUUGGCUCACGAUCCUGAUCACUGGUUGCGGUAUCUCGAACAUGGCCAUGGGCUUCGUCCAUAGCUACAGCGCUCUUCUCGGCGUCCGCUUCCUGCUCGGGAUCUUCGAGUCGGGGAUUGGCGCUGGCUGUGUCUUCGUUAUCUCUAGCUACUACAAUCGCUACGAAUUGCCUAGCAAGCUUGCCAUCUGGUAUUUGUCAGGUAUCGCAGGCGCUGCUUUUGGUGGACUCUUGGCCUAUGGCAUCGUUCGCAUGGAUGGAAUGGCUGGCUACUCUGGUUGGCGCUGGAUCUUCAUCGUCGAAGGCUCGAUCACCGCCGUUGUUGGUCUGACCAUGUACUUCUGGCUGCCAGACUGGCCAGAAGGCACCAGCCGUAGGUUCUUGAAACCCGACGAGCAUGCUGUACUAUUGGCACGCCUGAAAGCCGACCGCACGAGUAGCGCCCAAAUGGAGCGAUGGGACCGCAAGCGUGUUCUCUCGGACUGGAGAAUCUGGAUCGGUACACUCAUGUACCUCUGCGUCAUCACCAGCACUUACGGUACCAGCUUCUACACACCUACGAUCUUGGUCGAGAUGGGCUUUACCGCUAUACACGCCCAGCUACUCACCUUCCCACCAUACGCCUGCGCCGCAAUCUUCUGCUUGACCUUUUGCAUGCUCUCGGAUCGGUUCAAGCACCGCUACGGCUUCCUCAUGGGCGGCGUGUGCAUCGGAACGCUAGGCUAUUCUAUCUUGCUUGCUCAGUCGUCGAACCCACACAUGCCUGUCGGAGCCAAAUACUUCGCGCUCUUCCCACUCAUCGCGGCACCACAGAUCGUACAACCUCUUACCGUGGCAUGGAUGAUGAACAAUGUCGGGGGACACUACAAGCGUGCUUUCGCUUCUGCAUGCCAGAUCGGCUUCGGAAGUGGCGGUGGCAUCAUUGCCAGCAACAUCUACUUCACCGCCGAUGCUCCUUACUUCCGAGUAGGCUUUGGAGUCUCGCUGGCACUGCUGCUACUCAAUGGUGUUCUGGCUACCAUUCUAUAUUUCUCGUUGAAGCGGGCGAACAAGGCAAAAGCUGAGGGCAAGCAAGAUCACCUGUUGCACGGCAAGGAUGCAGACAACCUCGGUGACGACCACCCUCACUUCGUGUAUACGUACUAA